GAUGAGUCGAAAAGCGCUACAAUUUAGUGGGCCGUUUAAGUUGGAGACGGCAGGAAAUGCACUCUGUUGUGACGCACCAAAGAACCGGGAAGCAAUGCUUAUCGUAUAUUCACCAGAAAUGCUCAGGUGGCAGGGAAGUGCAACCAGACCAGAGCACCCUUAGACAGAAACAGAUGUAGUGGAAUCGUGUGCAGUGGUCUCGGUGUCUUUUGUUUUGAGUGGACACUGAAUCGACCAAAUCGCGCUUUCUUGCUGUUUGUAACAAGGGUUGCUCUCCGAAUUGAUAUAGUAAAUGGCCGUUUGGCUAGUAUUGAGGAGCUUGGAGAAGAAGGAACAGCAGCCAGAGGGCAGAGGAAAUUCCGAGUCUAAGGCAUUUGUGCUGCUUCCUCGUGUGGGGAUAGAUACAGGGUUGUGGUCUCGACGACUUUGAAUCUGGAGAGAGAGACUCUUUGUUGUUUGUUUGUGCGUGAGGAAUUUUGAAAGGAUGGAGGCGAUGGUGGAGUUGCAGAGAGAGUCAGGGACUUUGCAGGAUGAAAGUAGCAAGAAGAAGAAAAAACCCGCUCCAGGACGAGGGGGUGUGAUUGCGCAUCUCAGUGAGGAUGAAGCUCGUGUUCGAGCUAUCGCCGAGAUUGUGAAUGGGAUGAUUGAAGGCUGUCGCAAGGGAGACGAUGUGGAUUUGAAUGCCCUCAAGGCGGCUGCCUGUCGCCGAUAUGGGCUGGCAAGGGCCCCGAAGCUUGUGGAGAUGAUCGCUGCCCUGCCUGAUAGUGAGAGGGAUUUGGUUCUGCCCAGACUUCGAGCAAAACCUGUUCGCACCGCUUCAGGAAUUGCGGUCGUAGCUGUUAUGUCUAAGCCCCACCGGUGUCCUCACAUUGCGACCACAGGAAAUAUUUGCGUGUAUUGUCCGGGGGGUCCUGAUUCAGAUUUUGAGUACAGUACUCAGUCUUACACAGGGUAUGAGCCCACAAGUAUGAGGGCCAUCCGAGCAAGAUACAAUCCUUAUGUACAAGCAAGGGGUCGAAUCGAUCAGCUCAAGAGGCUGGGUCACAGCGUUGAUAAGGUAGAGUUCAUCCUUAUGGGGGGGACUUUUAUGUCCCUGGCGGCGGAUUAUCGUGACUAUUUUAUUCGGAAUCUACAUGAUGCUUUAUCAGGACACACCUCUCGAAACAUUGAAGAAGCUGUGAUGUACUCUGAGCAUGGUGCCGUGAAAUGCAUAGGGCUGACAAUUGAAACACGUCCAGAUUACUGCCUUGCUCCUCAUUUACGACAAAUGCUUUCUUACGGUUGCACUCGACUGGAAAUUGGAGUACAGAGUACAUAUGAAGAUGUAGCUCGGGACACCAAUCGUGGACAUACAGUGGCAGCUGUGGCCGAUUGCUUCUGUCUUGCAAAAGACGCAGGUUUUAAGGUUGUCGCACAUAUGAUGCCUGACCUUCCAAAUGUGGGGAUGGAGAGGGAUAUGGACAGUUUUCGAGAAUUUUUCGAGAAUCCAGCCUUCCGCACAGAUGGCCUGAAAAUAUAUCCGACACUUGUGAUUCGUGGCACAGGUCUCUACGAGUUGUGGAAAACGGGAAAAUACAAAAAUUACCCUCCAGAGCAGUUGGUGGAUCUAGUUGCAAGAGUGUUGGCGUUGGUGCCACCAUGGACUAGAGUGUACCGCAUUCAGAGGGACAUUCCCAUGCCACUUGUGACAUCAGGAGUAGAGAAGGGCAACCUGCGUGAGUUAGCCCUUGCUCGUAUGGAUGAUUUGGGACUGAAGUGUCGUGAUGUCAGAACAAGAGAAGCAGGAAUACAGGAUAUACAUCAUCAAAUUAAACCCGAAGAAGUUGAACUUGUAAGGCGUGACUAUGUUGCUAAUCAAGGUUGGGAGACAUUUCUCGCGUACGAAGACACACAACAGGAUAUUUUGGUUGGCCUGCUGAGGCUCCGCAAGUGUGGACGGAACACAACAUGUCCAGAGUUGAUGGGAAGAUGUUCUGUCGUUCGUGAGUUACAUGUGUAUGGAACUGCUGUACCUGUGCAUGGAAGGGAUGCAGACAAGCUCCAGCACCAGGGAUAUGGAACGCUGUUAAUGGAGGAGGCUGAAAGAAUAUCUAUCAAAGAGCACAAGUCAACUAAGCUAGCUGUUAUAUCGGGGGUGGGAACUCGUCAUUACUACAGGAAGUUAGGUUAUGAGCUGGAAGGACCUUACAUGGUCAAAUAUUUUAACACCUGAAAUGAAAAAAAGUGUUUUAUUUGCCGUCCAGAUACUGGAAUUCUGUAUGAUCUCACGUGGAAUUGAAACAUACC